UACAGACGCUGUGAUUUCUCUUACAGGAAAAGGUGGAAGACAUGGGGCAGCGCACUGAGUUGCUUAGCCGAGAAAACCGGCGGUUGGCAGACCACUGCUUCGUCCUCUUUCAGCAAAACUCAGUCUUGGUGGCAGAGCUGCAGAUGGAACAGGAAAAGGUGGGAGAGAUGGAGCAGCGCACUGAGGAGCUUCUCCGAGAAAACCAGGAGCUGAAGGAGAACUGCGCCAGCCUCCAUCAGCAGAACAUAGAUGUGCAGGCAGAGCUGCAGAGGGAGCAGGGAAAGGUAGAAGAGAUGGAGCAGCGCACUGAGGAGCUUCUCCGAGAAAACCAGGAGCUGAAGGAGAACUGCGCCAGCCUCCGCCAGCAGAAGUCAGACGCGAAGGCAGGGCUGGAGAGGGAGCAGGAAAAGGAGGAAGAGAUGGAGCAGCGCACUGGGAAGCUUCUCAGAGAAAACCAGGAGCUGAAGGAGAACUACGCAAGUCUCUUCCAGCAGAAGUCAGAUGUGCAGGCAGAGCUGCAGAGGGAACAGCGAAAAGUACAGGAUGUGGAGCAGCACAUGGAGAAGCUUCUCCGAGAAAACCAGGAGCUGAGGGAGAAUUGCACCAGCUGGCAGAAGCUGAGCUUAUGCAGGCAGGAAGUGUUAAAGAGGAAGCAGGUACAGAUGCGGGAAAAGGAGGAAGAGAUGGAGCAGCGCACUGGGAAGCUUCUCAGAGAAAACCAGGAGCUGAAGGAGAACUGCGCGAGCCUCCGCCAGCAGAAGUCAGAUGUGCAGGCAGAGCUGCAGAGGGAGCAGGCAAAGGUGGAAGAGAUGAAGCAACGCACUAAGAAGCUUCUCCGAGAAAACCAGAAGCUCAAAGACAAUUGCGCUGUAUUGCAGGGGCCGAAACCAAACUCAGACAAACAGGCAGAGCUACAGGAGAAGGGAAAGGAGGAAGAGAUGGGGCAGCGCAUUAAGAAGCUUCUCGGAGAAAACCAGCACCUGAAGGAGAUGUGCGCCCUCCUCCGUCAGCAGAAGUCAGACACGCAGGCAGAGCUACGGAGGGGGCAGGCAGAGCAGGCCGAACUUGCUCAACAGAACAAGGAGCUCAUUGUGAAAAACCAAGCGACGUCAGACACCACGCAACAUCAACGAAGUAAAAUUGGCGAGCUCCUCCAGCGUUUAACUGUAGAACAGAAAAAGGUGCAAGAGAUGAAGCAACGCAUUGAGAAGGUUCUCCGAGAAAACCAACAGCUGAAAUAUAGGUGCGCCAGCCUCCCUAAGCCGAACUCCGAUGAAGACACGCAGGCAGAGCUGCAGAGUGAGCAGAAGGAACCGACGAGCAAGCUAGAGAAGACUGAAGAAGCAAAGAAGAGGACAGUGAAGAAACUGUCUAUGGGGCGCCCCCUCCACUUUUCUCUCCUUGAUCUACCAGAAAGUGCAAACAAUGCCACAGACUAGGAAGAAGAAAGAGUUGAGCCUUGGGCCCAGGGUUGGAGUAGCCCGUGGAGGUGAGAAGGCUUUCUAUCAGCAUCGCUCGGGAUCCACUUCCUGCCAGCAUUCAGUCUUCCCUGCCUUCUUCCUUAAGUUCUUCCCUUUUAUUAGG